AUGGAGUUUCUGGGCACCACGCAGGUAGCCAGCUACUGCGGCACCAGGAAGAGCUGCCUGUUCCCGGACCUCGCUCCCACCAGCACCACCAAGGACACCUACCAGUCCUACUACCUGCCAGGCUACCGCUACCUCAGCUCCUGGCAGCCCAGCCUGUUUCACAAGGUGGUUUCAGUCCCCCCCGGCUCUGACAAGCCAUUUAACCCCACUGGGCGCCCGCCCACUGUUCUCUCUUCCCUGCAUGCCCGCUACAGCACCCGCGACUGGCACCAUGCCAACAUGGUCCAGUUAAAAGGUUCCGAAGCCUCCAGGUACGCUGCUGGCAGACUGAACGCUGAUUCCAUGAGACUGAUGCAAGAUAAGGACCAACUGACUCACCAGAUGCAAGAAGACAGCAGGCGAAACCUGGGAGAGAGGAUCUCCCACAUUGAUUUCUGGAGAUCUGAGCUCGUCUAUGAGCUGGAGUCCCUUCUGAAAGAGACCCAAGCCUUGGAAACAGCAAACAAGCGGCUUGAAUGUGCUGCAGAUGAACUGCAAGGACCACUGAAGGUAGCCCUGGAGUGCUUGUAUUACCGUGAGAAGCGGCAGGGUAUAGACUUAGUUCAUGACAAUGUGGAAAAGAACCUCAUGAAGGAGGCUGAUGUAUUCAAGGACUGUCAAGAAAUAUUGACAAAACUUGCCAUGAAAAUCAGUCAACAGCUGGGCAUCAACAGAGAUGUACAGCAUGCCCUGGAGAACGAUCUUUCUGACAAAAACUCAGCCCAUUUUAUUGAUCAGAAGUGCUUUAACCUGAGGAACACAUCAGACAGCAUCAACUUUUACCAUGGAGUGGAAAAAGCAGAUGGAACGUGA